AUGCCCUUGCAAGCCCUAUGGGGCUAUUAUCUCUGGGACCACGUGCAUGAGGCACCCAAAAUCUUCUAUCCUAUUUGGUUCCUGGGAAGUUGGGGACUCGUCCUGACGGUGACCUUCACGCUCUACCACAUCGUUCACGACCAGAUGUCGUUGGAAGCGACCUUGAAUAGAGAAGGUUAUCCUGUGACUCCCUUCAAUGUCCAGCUCAUACAAACUAUUUGUGCCCUGCCGAUCUGGACUGCGUGCGUAGCCUUCACGGCCUUGUGGGUACCAGCUGUCGCCAUCGUCCUCGAGCUGCUGAUAGCUGUUUUCUCUUGCGUCGCCAUCGGGUCCAUGGUCCAGUAUUUUCUGCACUCGCUGGGUGAGCCACCGUACCCCAGAAAGCUCAUGAAGAAGGUGCCGAUGAAGCGAUGGUGGUGCGGCUCGUUGUGUGGAGGCGUGAACGACAUGCUCCCGGGCUUGGGCCUCAUGUGGAGCCGAGAGCCGCACCAGUUGACACUGACAGACUUGCGGUUUGCCUUCCGGGUGGUUGUUUUCUUCGUCUGGUCCUACGUGAUCCUCAGCGUGAUGAGCAUGGCUGUCAGCUCCGUGCCUACACAGGUCGAGAAGGAUGACAAGGGCUGGUGCUAUUAUCCGAAGCCCCUCUCCGACGUGACCAGCGUGGUUGUGACCGUCGCAGCCAUCUCUUCCACCUUCGUGGGGUCUGCUGGGCUCUCAAUCAUUUCCAACGCUGUCUCUUACGCACUUGGAGAGGCAGAUACCGACUCCCCCAAGGAGCUGUACAACGUAAAGAGGAAAGCAGCCGUGGGGAGCAUCUACUUGCAGCUCCCAUUGCUGAAGGUCCUUCUGCCCAUGUUGCCACUCCAGUACCUUGAUCCGCUGAUCUUGGUGCCGAAGACGGAUCACAGCGUAGUGGUCGCCUCCGGUGGUUGGCAGAGCACGGGCAACUACGUCAAGUGCCCGGUUUACGACAACGAUGUUAUGAUUCACAUGGUCUACGGAGUGAUGGUAAUUCUUUUGAUGGCCUACACGUCGUACCACAACAUGAUCCUUUACCUCCCGUCAAGAGACCGUGAUGUGGCGAGAGAGUUGCGAGAAGAGUUGGAGGUAAGACUCACUACCUCCUCAAGCAAAGAAGCUUGGCAGCAAUGUGCUGACUUGUGA